GCGGAAGCGAGGUGCACGUGGGUUGUUGUCAAGCGGCGCAGCAGUUUGCGUUCGCAAUGUGCGCGCAGCGAAGCACCGAGUCUCUUUCAGUCGUACAAGUACAACGUCAACGUGUCAGCAUCACGUCGACGUAGGGCUAAACUAGUGAAGGUGGAAGGGAAGCUUUAUCCGCCAUCUCAGUUCUCGCUUUAUAUACUUUACGGACAUUUUCAAUCCGCCGCUGCAUGAAGGCCUCUCGCUCGCCAAGGGCCGUGCCGGGCCACGAGGCUUUGUUUUGUUUUGACCAUACCUCACCACGCGGGUCACUGUGGCGCUUAGUGAAGUGAACGAGCCUCUGAUAUCACUCGGUACUGGAAUUGAAACUCGGGAGCGUCGGUUCGGAGCGCAGUUCGCUAACCACUGCGCCCCCUAUGCAAAGUCAAGUAUUGGAGCUGUGUUAAUCUUGCCCAGGAAUAACGCCGAUUGGGACUCGGAAAUCAAAUUGGGGUUGUUUCUCUCUCCAAGGAUCUAAUAAUUGGUUUAAAAACAAAACAUCGGAUGUAACGUCACACUUCACGGGAGGCAAAUUAGUCUGUUCACUGACGGUGGUAUAUUAAUCAAGCGUUCAGCAGGGGACUUGGAGCAAGGCAGAAGUGAGGAUACAAUUUCUCAGUAUCUGGGCCAUCUUUGUUGGGUCUCAAUUUGCAAUAUUUCGAUUUGAGUAUUUUUUGUUAGGACUGAACUACUGAACUACAUUUGUACAGUACAACAUUUCAGCUCUUUAUUGAACAUGAUGGCAAUUUACAUCCGUCUUUGCAUAAGCCGCAUUCCAAUUACUUUAUCUUGAAACGCAACUUUCAUUUUGCUUCCUAAACUCGCGGCCAACUAAGCGACACCCUGCAAAUUCUGGCAGAAGAUGGUGCUGGCAACGUCCAAGACGCGCUGUGGCCCAUCUUGACCACCGCUGGUGCCACCCAGUCGUGGUCAAGUCCACUCAGCCCCACCAAACCCCCUCUCAACAUACUUAAUUUGGAGCUUUCGUGACUGCAGGAAUUACUCUUUGGUUCUUUCGGUAAAGUCACGUAUCAAGAGAAAAUAAUUAAAUACUAGCAUACGACAUUUCGAUUGCAACACAAGCAAUCAUCAUCAGGUAUAAAUGAAAUAGAAACAGAUCUAGUAUACUUAGAAAUGUAAUGUAAUACAACAGAGAGUCGGAUAACAUAACAGUCAACACCCUACCUGGUUGAAUACGUUCUUCUCAACACCCACAACACAACCACCACCGGCACGCCCACAGUUGGGGUCAGGGGGUCAGGGCCCACAUCAAUAACCACGUCCUCUGGUCGAGCCGGCCACGUUGUUGAGUGGGCCCCCUGUGGCCACCCUCUGCGGCCGAUGUCGUCCGGCGGCGCCCGUGACGGCAACGACGAGGACGGAGCGAGGAGGAGGAUGAGGAGGAAGAAGGGUGGAAAGGACAAGAAGGUGGACACGGCUCGGGGCAGAGGACACCGCUCCCUGAUGCUCGCCAGGGACCUGGUGGAGGCCAAGGACCCGGGCACAGGCUUCGCCCAUUACCUCCUGGCGCUCACCUUGGCGCCUGAGCUUCGGUCAUCCGUGCAGGCCGAGUUCCACGAUUGCGCCCGCGCGUGGACGAGCGAGCUGGAGGAGCUGGGUCGCGCGCGCGACGCCUUCGACUGCUACGAGCAAGCGCUGGCGCUCUACCCCGAGGACGAGCUCAUCCUCAACGGGAUGGGCGAGAGCCUCUUCAGGCUGGGCUUCUGGGACGAGGCGGCCGCCUGCUUCCUGCGCGCGCUGCGAUCCGCUCCGGGGUGGGCGCCGGCGAGGGAGAACUUCCGCCGCGCCGCCAGCUGGCUCCUCGAGCGCUGGCACUUCCCCAUGCUCAACGACCGGCGGCGCAACGAGGCCUACCGUGACGCCCUGCGCCGUGCCGUCGCCAAGCGCGGUGGCGCGGGCUGCACGGUGCUCGAUAUCGGCGCGGGGACCGGCAUUCUCAGCAUGUUUGCGCGGCAGGCCGGCGCCGGCCGCGUGUUCGCCUGCGAGGUGUCGCGCACCGCCGUGCAGCUGGCGCGCGAGGUCCUCUCCGCCAACGGCUUCGCCGGCGACGUCUCCCUCCUGCACGCGGCGUCGCACGACCUCGCGGUGCCGCGUGACCUCCCCGAGAGGGUGUCGUUGGUGGUGACUGAGACGAUGGACGCGGCAUUGCUGGGGGAGGGAAUCGUGGAGAGUCUGAUCCACGCCUGGCAACACCUCCUCCUGCCCCCGCCGCCCACGGCGACGGUGAACGGCGCCGACGCUGGUGUUGGUGACGCCGGGUGCGGGCAAGUGAUACCAGCAGGCGCCACGGUGUACGCAUGCGCCGUGGAGUGCCCCGAGAUCCGGCGCUAUCACCGGCUGUGCGUGCGGGAAGCCUGCGGCACUCGUCUGGACACGGGCGUCGCCUUCAGGAGCCUCGUCGGUCUGCCACCAAGAAUCGGGCGGGACACGCCUACCAACGACGACGAGGAUGAUGACGAUGAGGAGGGAGAGGAGGGGAAGGACGCGGACAACGAGGGCAGCUGCCGGGAGCCCUACACCACCGAGCGCAUGAGUCGCGUUCCCGGCGGCUACACCUUUCUCUGCGAUCCCUUCCCCGUCCUCGCCGUGGACUUCAACAACCCCCAGGAGCUGGAGGGGCUGUUCUCGCGAGCGCCGGAGCGGCGGGGAGCGCGUGUGACGUGCGGCGGCACGCUGGACGCGAUCGUCGCCUGGUUCCGGCUGCGUCUGGACGAGGAGUCGUCGCUGAGCACGGCGCCGGGCGAGGACUCGUGCUGGGAGCAGGCGGUGUACCCGGCGACGCCCGUGCGUGGCUGGAACGGCUACACGGUGAGGGAGGGAGACACGUUGGAGAUCGAGGCCGCGUGUCGGGACGGGCACCUCGGCCUCUCCUGCGUCUCCGUGACCCCGGCAGCGUCGGCGGCGCCCCGUCGUGCCAUAGCCCGGCCAGCGCCCGGCUCGACGUCGCAACUCGACGACGCGUCGACGGCCGCGGAGGUCGCGACCCCCGAAGGUGACGGCGAGGCCUGGCUCUGCUCCGCCAUCGCGAGCCUGGGCACGGCGAGCGGGUGGGUGCCGGGCGUCGAGACGUGCGCGCUGGAGCCCUGGGAGGUGGCGCGUCUCAACGACGUCGAGCACUGGGAGGCGUUUUCCCGCGCCGCGCAGGACGCCCCGGGGAGGAGGGGCGGUGGAGCGGGGCCGCUGCGAGUGCUCGACCUCUCCGCGGGCCUCUCCGUGCUGCCACUCGUGGUGGCGCGCGCGUGCGGCGGCGCUGGCGGCGGCGGCGCCGCGAUCGUCUGCAGCUCCGCCGAGGACCCACGGAGACGGCGGGCGCUCCGUGCGUUGGCCGCCGCUAACGGCGUCGCGGCCCAGCUGAGGUUUCUGGACGACGGCGUCGGCUCGGCUUGCCGGAAAGAAAGAAGCGGCGGUGUGCGCAGCGAGCCGGGUUGCGGGACUGCAAGCGGGGCGGCCCGGCCCUCGCCGGACGACGCGACGGAAGACGAGGCGAUGACGAUGGGAGAGCAGCAGCAGCAGGAAGCGGUGGUGGUGGAGAGUGAGGAGGACGGCGCAGAGGACGGCUCGUGGGACGUGAUAGUCCUGGAGGCCGUGGAGCCGACCGGCCUCCUCCGCCAGGGCCUCGUGGAGAAAGCCGCGCUCGCGCGCUCCCUGCUGCGCCCUGGUGGCACGGUGCUCCCGCUGAGCGCGACGCUCGUGGGGCAGCUGCUCGAGUCGGACGCCCUGCUGAGCGACAGCGUCGUGCUGGGCUCCGGGCCCACGCUCGGCCUGCGCAUCGCCCCCUUCCUCAACCUCUUCUCGGUGCCCACGCAGGUGAACCUUGACCUCUGCACUCUGCCGGGCCGCCGGCUGAGCCGUCCAUUCGAGGUGUUCACCCUCGACCUGAUGGCGGCGGGGAGCGAGGCCGCCGCUGAGCACUGCGUCACGGCGAUCGCGGACGAGCCCGGCCGCGUCACGGCCGUCGCUCUGUGGGUCGAGCUGCGGCUGGGCGACGGCGCCGCUGCGCUGUCGACGCUGCGCGCCCACUCGCACGUCAAGCAAGCGGCCGUGGCGCUCGAAGAGGCGCUGGGCGUGAGUGCGGGGAGCCGCGUGGAGGUGCGAGCGCACAGCCACGACGGGGACGUCUCGCUCGCGUGCCGCGUCGCCCCCGCUGCGGCAACGACGACAGCGGCCCUCCCCUAGGGGGGGGCGUCCAAGCUGAUCGAACGUUGAUUAGCGUCUAAAUGUGCUUGCAGCGAUGGAUCAGCACGGUUGACUAUGCAUUAAGCGAAAGAAGUUCAACGUAGGGACACGGCCGUUGCCGCCACGAUUGUGCCCGCCACAGCCAUGCCCACGUCAAGACGUUGCAGGGGCAGAAGAACAGACGAAAUGGAAAUGAGUAGUGAAAAGUCAAAUGGAUGAAUGUUCGCGUCGCACAGCUUGCCAAACGUUGGCACUCGGCCGCGUGAUGGAUACAUCAAUCGAAUUUCGAUUCUGUGUUCUUCACGCUUGGGAUAUGGAAGGCAGCAAAAUGGGGCAAAGGAAAUAAACUAAUACAGGUAAGGAACAACAGUUCCACACUGCCCACCAGGGAUUAUGUGUCUGUCGUGCAUAGCCACGCCUUCGAUUUGUAUUUCAUAGAGCGCUUCGGGCGGGCUCAGCACCACGUGACACGCCGCCCCACGCAGCUUACGCCGCGUGACACGGAUCGCACGAAUGCGCUGUGCAACCAAGUUCCUACCUGCCCACUCCGAAGGGAACGUGUUAUCAACUCCAGAAAUGAGGGAGGUGCGGUAUGAGACGAACGCACGGAGCGAGUGUAGAGACCACACGGGCAUUGAGCGGUGGACGUCUACGGAGAUUUAAAGCAUUCAGCGUCGCUCGGAUUCGUCAAGUUUGUACAGUUAUUUGCCAAAUUAGCAUAGAUUUAACAAUUAGUUUAAUUCAUUAUUUCCCUGUACUUCUAUGCCCCCCGUCUUAACCAGCCUAAACUCUUUUUUCAGAAGCGACCAGGGCCACAAACGAUAGGUCAACGAAGUGGCUUAUCACGUGGACAUUUAUAGCAGCGAAGUACUCUAAACUUAUGUUUCUAAAUGUGGAGGGAAAAACCGGUGGACCUGGAGAAAAAUCCACGCGAGCACAGGAAGAGAGACAUGCAAACUCUAAAUAUACAGGCGUCAGGGUCUGGAUCGAACCCACGACUUCGUUUAUAUCAGGCGACGUAGGUUACAUCCUGCCACCGUGGCGCCCUGCAAUCACCAACGUGGUGACGUAUGAUCAAGUAGCUCCCACAAUGCACACAGCGUG